UCAUCUAAUUUUUGCAUGCCUUUGGCAAGCCAGAGAGUUCACAGUCAUUAUCAUUGUGUCCUUUCUCAGGCCUGUGAAGAAUGGCACUGCAGUGAAUUUCCUUUGUACAUACUGGAAACUCCUCACCAUUCCUAUCCUGGACAAAAAGAAGAUUUACUGGGAGCUGAGCAAGCAGACCCAUAAAAUUACCAGGCUGGGGUCCCUACACCCUGGAGAAGAAGAGCCUCUACAUCAAUGGUUACAGCAAUCAGAUGACACUCUUCUCCUUCACAAGCUGUCUACUGAUAAGAAUCAGCACUCCAGCUCCAUCUCCAGAGUCCACAGCCUUCAGCCUUGAUACUUUCACCCUAAAUUUCACCAUCACAAACUUGAGAUAUACAACAGGAAUGAGCCAAAUGGGCUCCAGCAAAUUCAAUUCUGUAGACAAUGCCCUGGAGCGCCUGCUUGGUUCCUUGUUUGCCAAGACCACCCUUGGCUCUCAGUACGUUGGAUGCAAGCUGAUCUUGCUGAGGUGAGAUCCCUGGGAGUCAUUGGCCUCAUCAGGCAUGGUACCAAUUGGUGCCCUUCAGAAAGGAGAUGUCUCCAGCCUGCUAUAAUGUGGGUCCUGGCAGAUUUUCCAAUUCCUCAAUGAAUUUAUCCACAUCCUCUUGCCACAUAGUCUCAGGGAGGUGAAUUCAGACUUGGAAUUUUGGCAGUUCCCCACAAAUUCUCUAGAGUAGACCCAGUGAGACGCAACACUGUUGCCCCAUUUAACCAUCAUCCGUUUCAAUAUUUGCCUCAGGCUUCUGAAGGGUGGCUGCCCCCUGACUUCAGGAUUGUUAUCAGAUUUUUCAGGUCCC